AUGGAUAUCUAUGGCAGCUCGCUCCCUGACAGCAUCAACCCGAAUAACUUUCCUGCCAAACUGUGGCGUUUGGUGAACAACCCGGCAAAUGAUGCCAUCCGCUGGGACAGCCGAGGCGAGGCCAUCAUCAUUGAUCAACAUCGCUUCGAGAGACAGAUCCUGUCUCCAGGCCUCAUCACCUCGACCAGCCCUGACACCUUCAAAACGACCAACUUCUCAAGCUUCGUCCGUCAGCUUAAUCUGUACGGCUUCAGGAGAGCCGAUGCAACGUCUAAGGACAGCCAAAAACCAGCCGGGGACAGCGGGGUCUGUCGUUAUUUUCACAACCCAAACUUCAAGCGGAACCGUCCUGAACUUGUUGCGACUCUGAUUAGACUCACCGUCAACAACAAGGCCAAAAUACAAGCUGGUCACAAGGUGAACUGUCGGCCCCCGAGUCGAUACCAGCGAUUCAUUGGAGGUGAUGAUGGCUCAGAUAUGAGUGUGAAGACAGGCAAUUCUUCACUGUCUAGCCCCAUGCAUUUGGAGUCAACUCAGCCUGACUGUUCCAAUAAAGCCAAGGCCAUGAAAGCACACAAUGGAACCCCGUUCCCCCCACAAUACCUGAUGAAGGAUCGUGGGGCAGCUCUUACUCCUCCUCUCUUUGCUGCAGAUAAAGGGAUACCUUUAUCUUUAAACCACCUCUGUGCUGGGGUAGCCUCAAGCUCCAAUGCUGUGCACGUUCAGCUGGUCCAUGCAAACCAUGGAAGUCCGAAUUUUGCCCCUUUUAAUCCUCCAAAUUCACCAUGUCAUCCUGGCUGCCAUUCUCCAGUUUUCCAUCACUACCAUCCGAACCUCGUGGGAUCACAUCUGACAGGUAGUGAGCUUCAGACGUGCUUGUUCUCCCCCCACAGCUUUUAUCAGGCAAGAUAUCCUGUGAAUAUGUUCGGGGAUCGCAACCAGGACGCACAGAACACGGAGCACCAGGAGGUGAAAAAAUGUGACAUCAACCUGGACACAGUUUUCCAGAUUGCAGAUGACGUGAUGCUAACUUCACCCAAUAGCUGCCUGGUUAGAGUUAUGACCCCAGAGAAGCCAGGCCCUGUGUUAGAGCCCACCUCUCGCACCUGUAACACCAAGCCGUGUGACGGCCCUGCCAGCCCCAUGCAAGCUAACCCUUUGUGUGCUGGACCCAUUAUAAUGGCUGUGGCAGGCAACGUUAGACUAGACACAUACAAACAGCAGGAGGAAUCUGUGCUUUCUGUACCUGAGCAAAUGCCUGAAGAUGCCAUAUUUGAGGUUACCAGUAAUGAUGCAAAGGACAGUGAGGUCACUGGUGUGGAGGUUAGCAACAUAUCUGUCAGCAUGCCUUCUGAGUCUCCGGCGGCAACCUGUGACCCAGCCUUUGAAGCCCACGCCGCCGCUCCGCUGCCUUUCUGUGUGGAUGUAUCCGCAGAGCGUGGCGCCCGCAGGACGCGCCGUCCCCUCACGCCGUUCGUCCACUCGCGUCUGUUUGCUUGCAAAAUGUGA